AUGAAAUUCAUGUUAUUAAUUGUUUUGGUGUUUAAAACAAAUGGUGAUCAAUGUGAUUGUACAACUGCUAAUAUUAACAAUGAUUACAGCUUCAUUCCUUCAAAUUGUUCAGUAAAGACAAACACCAUUUGCUUUGUUUCAGACUACGCAUUUGACAACGAUGACCGAUAUUUUUAUAAUUUUAUAAUACUAAAAAAUACCACUUUGUAUUCUACUAUUGAUAUAGGUUUUUGGUUUGACACCCAAAGUUUUACAAUAGAUUCAAACGUUUUAUUCUUUUUAAUGACAAACUUACACAUCAACAACAAAUUUGUGAUAGAGACUAACGCAGUAAUAAAUGUGCUUCAAAAUUCGACAAAUUUUGGAAGAAUGUCAAUUGCUGGAAAUCUCGUUUUAAUUAAUCCUGAAUUAAAUAACCCACGAAUUGUUUUGUGGAAUUCCACGUAUUUGCAUUUAAAUUUAAACAUGACACCAAGACCCGAUUUUCAAAUUGAGAAUCCAACAGGAAACACCAAUUGUUUUGAUGUCAUAUCACUUAACAACAACUCCAACAUAGACACUUCAGAUAAAGCAAAUCACAUCACAUCUGAUAUGUUUAAGUAUUCAUAUAACUUUACAUAUGGAAAAGGGUACUUGAUAUCAAACAAAAAAUUGAUGCGAUUUUGCCCUAAAGAUACUCAACUAAAUAAUGAAGUGGUUUGCACAUUAAAAAAUGUCUAUUACAAUUUUAACUCACCAACAAACAUGAGUAUGGCCUAUGAUUAUCCGCAUUGCCCGUGUAACAGCGAUGAUGAAGUCAUUUGCAAACUAAAAUUUAUUGAUGGAAUCAACGACUUUAAUAUGUUAAAAUAUAUUUUAAAUAACACUGAAUUGUUAAUUGAUAGAGAUAUGAGAUUAUUGAAUUUAAAUUUCGCAAAACAAGUCACCAUAUAUGAUAAUGUGGAACUCACAGUCAAUUCGUUAUUUACAAAUCUUAUCUUUUCAUUUACUUUUGGUAAAAUUGUUACCAAUAGUAAAAAAGAUGAAUAUACAAAUGCCUCAUUUAUAUAUUUACUUUCAACAGAUACAGUAACAUGUGUGGGUGACUUAAAUUACAUUUUUUCGAUUUUUAAAAACAUCACCACUUUAAAUAUAGAUUGCAAUGGUGCUAUUGAAAAACUUUAUUUAUACGAAAACACCAAUGUUUAUAUUUUAAAAAACACCAUUUUAAAUAAAAUUAAUCAAGUUGAUUUCACUGAAAAUGGAAAGAGCUUUGUAUUUAUAGAAAACUCAAAUAACAACAAAGCUCUCAGCAAUUGCCAUCUCAUGGAAGUAUCGAAAACUGGUUUAAAGUGUCUUGUGUGCGACUCUAAAUAUCGUCUUGAUAAUAACAUAUGUAAUUCUCUUGUUGAUAAUUGUGAGACGUACAACAAGAACAAUAUUUGUGUUCUGUGUAAAACAGGGUAUAUUUUAAAUGAAAAAUUCGAGUGUGCUAAUUCAGCAAACUGUUUAUAUGGAACAACAUCAGAAUGUUACAAAUGCCCAAACCAAUACAUAAGAUAUGAUAAUGAAUGUAUAUAUAAUGACAAGUGUCUAUACACAGAUGAAAGUAUUUGUUUUAAAUGUAUCACUGGAAAUUCAUACAACAAAUGUAAUAAUUGUGCAUCAAAUUGUAAUUUGUGUUUAAAUCAGAAAUGUACUCUUUGUAAUGAAAAACAUGUUUUAAACAACGAAAGUGUUUGUGUUGAAGAGAAAAAUGGGGUUUCAACUGGAAUUUCGACUAUUUGGUGUAAUGACGAGUUUUACAUUGAUAAUGGUAUAUGCAACAAAUGUUCAUCAAAUUUUGCAAAUUCGUACAAUUGCGACAAAGUUCAUGCAAUCUCGUGUGAAGUAAAUUAUUCAAUUUCAGAUGCAAGAAAAUGCAAUUUAUCAAAUUGUCAAAAUGGAACAUUCAAAGAGCAAAAUGGGAUGUGUAUUUUUUCGCAAAACAAGUGUAUUUUUAUAGUGAACGAUUAUUGUGUUGAAUGUGAAAAUAAUUACAAACUUGACAAUAACAAAACUUGUGUAAACAUUACAAAUGACACCUUAUUAUCUGGUUGUGUUUUGUAUAGUAAAAGUGGGUGUAUUUCGUGCGACAUUGGAUAUUACUUAUCAAACGCAGUAUGUUUUCAAUGUUCUGAAAAUUGCACAAGUUGCUUUGAAAGUGAUAGAAAAUGUCUUACAUGUAAAUAUGGGUUUUAUCAAGGAAAAGACUACACGUGUUUAUCAAGUACUAAAUUGAUUGAAAAGUGUGAUAAAAUAUCACAAAUUACUGGUGGGUGUUAUAAAUGCAACGAUGGGUAUUACCGAGUUGGAAUGGAUUGUGUUGAAUGUCUUUCGAAUUGCUCAAUAUGCAACACAAAAUACAUGUGUUUGACUUGUAAUUCGACUAAUUACAAAACUACAAGUGGAAAGUGUUUGCCACAAAACAGUAUUAUUGGGUGUUUUAGUGAAGUCACACAAAAUGGGUGUUCUAAAUGUCAAGAUGGGUAUUACACUAUCAAUAAUAAUGAAUGUGAGAAAUGUAAUGACAACUGCACAACAUGCACACAACAUGAGAAAUGCACUUUCUGUGUUAAAAGUAAAAUUUUAUUUGAAAGUGGACUUUGUCUUGAUAUUUCAUAUGUGUCAAAAUGUCUUGAAAUUUUUGACUCAAAAUGCUCAAAAUGUACAUUCUGGCACUCCCCCAACAAAAGUGGGACAUUAUGCAACAAGAAAGCGGUUUGGUGGGUACUUAUUAUUAUUGUUUUAUUGGCAAUUCUUUUAUUAACAAUGGCAAUAUUAUUAAUAAUAUUUGCAGUGUUAUACAUUGAAAAGAAAGUGCGACAAAAAGAAAUUGAAAUGACAACAACACUCUUCAAAAUGAGUCGCUCAAACAUCACAUUUAUUCAACUUGGUGAUGACGUUGUUGUGAACAAAACAGAAAUUUCAUUUGGCGAAGACAUCGAUGUCAAUUUACAACAGAGAGAACUUUUGUGUGUUGGCAACACCUCAAAGCACAACAUGAAAAUUCAAAUCACAACAAAAAGUGCGACCAUCGAAAAAUACAAAUUUGACUCAAAUCCAAAAGUUGUCGUUUUACCAAGUGGUGAAGCCUGUGAAUUUGAAAUUUUGUUAACAUUAAAUUGCACAACCAAAAUUGAUGAAAAUAUUGUGUUGGUCGCAAAUUCAUUUACACACAAAAAUAAUGUAAUUAAAAAUAUGAAAAUUACAGCUACUUCGAAAUUGACAACACGACUAGACCCAGACGAAUUAAAAAAAGACAAGAAACUUGGUGAGGGGUCUUUUGGUGUAGUGUUUAAAGGCACUUUUAGAGAUAAUAAUGUUGCUAUUAAAAAGAUGAAAAUUUGUGAAAACAAUGGUUCUCAAAAUAUUGAAUUUGAAAAAGAAGUUGCAAUGUUGGACAAAUUUCGAAGUGAAUAUAUAGUCCACUUCUAUGGCGCCGUGUUUAUACCAAACAAGAUUUGUAUGGUCACUGAAUUUGCACAAUUUGGAUCUUUACAAGAUUUAAUGAAACACAAAAAAAGUGGAGAAGUUAAUAUAAAAUUACGGUUGAAAUUUUUACUUGACGGAGCAAAAGGAAUUCAAUAUUUACACGAAAAUGGGAUAUUACACAGAGACAUUAAACCAGACAACAUUCUUGUGUUUUCACUUGAUUGGAAAGACAAAGUAAUUGCAAAAUUGACAGACUUUGGAAGUGCUAGAAAUGUGAAUUUAUUGAUGACGAAUAUGACAUUCACAAAUGGAAUUGGAACACCAAAGUAUAUGGCGCCGGAGAUUUUAAACAAAGAACAUUACAAGAAACCAGCCGACGUGUUUUCGUUUGCAAUAACUAUGUUGGAGUGCUUUUUGUGGAGUAAUGCGUAUCCAAAAAGUGUAUACAUGUAUCCAUGGACUAUAGCUGAUGAUGUUGCUUCUGGAAAACGUCCCAAAGAGAUAAAAACACUUGACAAGAAAUAUCAAAGUGUUAUUGAAAAAUGUUGGAAACAAAAAGUUGAAGAACGUAUUACAAUAAAUGAAGUUAUUGAUAUACUCAAAACAAUUGAUUAA